UGUAAUUGUGUAAAAUUGAAGAUGAGUGAAUCAAACGGUGUUGUUGUUACUAAAAACGUGGAUAAAGAAGCUUUAAAAGUAAAGUUUAAAGAGAAAAUUUCUAAUUUGAAUAAAAAUAAGUGUUCAUUUCACAUAAAAAACAAACAGUUGUAUGAGCAGAUUAUCAGUGAGGUAGAAUCCGCUAAAGUAGCUGAAAAGAAAACGUCUUUGCAGUAUCGCCGUCUCAAACGCUACGACGUUGUUUGUUUUGGGGACGAAAAAAAAUUGAUUAAGCCAUUGUCAGAUACAAAAAAUAUACAAUACUACGUUACGGAUGACGAGUUAUUCGAUGUGAUUGAAUGUGCUCAUCAGGAAUGUGGUCAUGGUGGUAGAGAUCUCACAUUGAAAGCUUUAAAUAAAAAGUAUGCAAAUGUCACAAAAGAGUGCGUAAACUAUUACUUGGAUUUAUGUGAAACGUGUCACAAGAAAAAGAGUCAGCCUAAAAAGGGACUCGUCGUUAAACCGUUAUUAUUUAAAGAGACUCACGCACGGGGACAAGUGGAUCUUGUAGACAUGCAGACGUGUCCUGACCGUGAUUACAAGUAUAUUUUAAACUACCAAGAUCAUUUGACAAAAUUUGUGAUUCUUCGUCCCCUACACACAAAAACAGCACAGGAAGUAGCGCACAAUCUCCUUGAUAUAUUUUGUACUAUAGGUGCGCCUUCUGUGCUUCAAUCAGACAACGGACGAGAAUUCGCCAACCGUGUCGUAGAAGAGUUAAAAGUAAUGUGGCCCGAAUUGUCCAUAGUGCAUGGCAAACCACGUCAUUCUCAAAGUCAGGGAAGCGUGGAGCGUGCAAAUCAGCAUGUACAGCAAAUAUUGUUCGCAUGGAUGGAAGAUAAUAAAACUAAUCGUUGGAGUGAGGGCCUCCGAUUCUGUCAACUGAAGAAAAAUUGCGCAUACCAUCAUGGCAUAAAACAAUCGCCAUUUGAAGUGAUGUUUGGACGAAAAGCUCAUGUUGGAAUUGAAACACUACCAGAUUCAAUAAAAAAGGUUCUUCAGACCGAGGAAGAGUUAGAAAACGCUAUUAACUCGUCUGGUGAGAAGCAGAAUAAUACUGAUGACACUAUACAAAGAAAUGAGAUGGAAAUACCUGGACCGUCGUCGUCAACUGUGAAAGAAGAUACUUCUGUCACAGAAAAAAAUAAGGAUCACCAUAUUGACAAAGUUCCUGGAUUGUUGCCACUAAGAAAGGAAAUAAACUCUCCAACAGUUGAGAUAACUUCUUCAGACAUCGUUUGUUGUAUUUGCCAAAAAGAGAGCUCCGGCGCACAUACGUGCAUUAUUUGUAAUCAGGUCGUGCAUGUUAUUUGCACUGACAGCACACUUGGCGCAGACUAUGAAGGCUUCGGAAGUAAAGUUACAUGCAUACGUUGUGCGCAGACAGAAAAUAUAAAAAAAAAUAAAGAAAAGGCGAUAGAAGGUCUUCAAGCUCAGGCUGAUAUUAUGAAACAAUUAUCUGAUCAAAAAUUUCCGCCAAUCGCGAUUGGAAAAACUGUAACCUUACCUAUUCCCAGCUUUGACAGAGCCAAAGGAGAUGCUCGAAAUGUUUUGGGUAUCAUACAAGAUAAAACAGAUGAUGGUUUAUACAGAGUAGGCACGAAACACGGGACAAUAAACACACUUUUUUCGAGGAAUCAAAUAAAAGAAUGCAAAGAAAAAUUUCUUAAGAUCGAAGAUGUGCCUGACGUUCGGCUGUCUCUUAGAGAAAUCAGUGCAAAGGAUUCAAAAUUUGGAGGCCAAGGCUUUAUAAAAUGCCACUGCAAUAAAAAAUGCUCUUCAAAAUUAUGCAAAUGUAAAAGAUCUAAUAUAAUAGUAAACGUGCUACUGGUGGAUCAGUGUCUCGAAGCCGACCUCCGACCCGCGCCGCGCCGACCGCGGCAGAUUACGGCGUUGCUGCAUCUGCCGUACAGAUGUUAA